GUUCAAGGUGGCGCGCGAGCUGCCUCGGCACGCGAGCGAGCUGGGCCUCAUCAUCCUGCGCAAGGCGGGCGCGCGCCACGACGGUGGGCGCGCUUUCGCGGCGGAUAGGCGAUCGGUGCAGGGCGCGCUGACCGGCCUCGUGCGCGGCGACCCGCCGGGCGGCUCGCCGCACCGGCCGACCGUCGACAGCUACUUCGUAGACGUGUAUGAUGUGCGAGCUCUCUACUCCGCAUCCGCCGACUGGGAGCGGUACUCCGGCCCCGACCUCCCCUCCGGCGAGCGGCUCAGCGGCCGCUGGUUCCUUCACAUCCCCAACCGGUACUACUCCGACGUCGUGAUGUCGCAGCAAAGGCAGCAGGCCGUGCCAGAGGAGCGCGCCGAGCUGCCUGGGCUGCCCGUGCGAGCGCUGGCGUCACACAGAGCACGGCGCGUGCCCUCAGGACCGACCGGCCCUCUUCGAAUACCAUAGGCGACGCAGGAGCACUGGCAGCAGUGCAUGUCGCGCCUCUGGCACCGGCUGCCGGCAGCCGAGCGGCAGGCCGCCGCGGGCAAGCGCGUCCUCGACGUCUACGAGACGUGGGCGCCAACCAACGAGAUGAACGCGCAGCGGCUGCAGGAGCAUCGCAAGGCGACGGAACACCCCGUGUGUGUGGUGCCCUCCGAGACGCAGGGCCAGCCCCCCAAAGGCCCCGAUAAGGAGGUUGGCCAGAUCCCUCGCACCUUCCUGGGCGCGGUGGGCUCGCCCACCGUGUUGACCAAGAACCAGUGCGUCUUCUUCAAGCUCAACAACGGCGCGCGGGGGACGAUCGUCGCCUUCCUCUUCAAGCCCGGCGAGCAGCCUCCGCAGCACUUUCCGGUCGCCGCCGUCGUCAGCUUUCCGGCCUACGACGGCCCCGCUUUCUUUCGCGGCGCUGGCCGCGAGAAGUGGGUCCCCGUUCCAGUCAACCGCAGCUUCAGCAAGGACGAGUCGGGCGCGACGGGCCAGCGCGCCGGGCACGCGACGCGCACGGGCGUGCCUCUGCGCGCGGGGUACGCGACGGUCGCGCACAAGACCCAGGGGGGGAGCUUCGGCGACAGCAAGGACGUCGAGUUCAUGAUCGCGCACGUCGCCAACCACAUCUCGAUGGAGAAGCUGUUCCUCGGCCUCAUUUACACGCUCUUCUCGCGCGUCGAGAAGGACUCGGACUGGGCGCUGGGCGAGGCGAUCGACGCCGACCGGAUCACGUACGUCAACAGCGCGCCCGGCAUGGCGAGCCGGCGGUGGGAGGACGCGCGGCUGAAGAUGGCGAGCGCGCACACCGAGCGCAAGUAUGCACACCUCAAGAGCUUGGCGGCCUUUGUCCGCCAGCUCAAGGCGUGGGACGAGGCGUGCGCCGACGGCCGCUCGUCGUGCUGGUUCGAGACGGAGGGCGACCUCCCGCGGCUGGCCGGGGAGGCGCUGCUGGCCGAGGCGGCCGCGACGGGCGCGAGGCGGAUCGCCUUUGACGCCGUCGCGGCGCGUCUCGAGGCGACCGCGGCGCCGCCGCCGCCUCUCGGCACCGCCUUGGCCGCGUGGCCCACGGGGUGGGGCAUCGAGGAGGCGACGGGCAACUUCUGCGGGCUGGCGCACUGGGCUGUGGAGGUGUGGCACGCGGCCGGGUCGGUCGACGCGAGCCGGUGGCAGGUCGAGGCUGACGGAGGGCGCCUCUUCUUUGUGCGGGUCGCGGGAAAGGCCGCAUAAUCGCGCUCUCCGCCGAGGCCCGCCUCGGCGACGGCGCUCGCCGCGCAGCAGCAGCAGCAGCAGCAGCAGCAGCAGCACGUGAUUCUUGACACAUGAUUACACUACACAGUCCUCCCUUCGGUUGUCGUUUCGAAGCUGUUUUUUUCUUCUAUCGCAGCGCACUCGCAUCUGUG